AUCUGACUUCUGUGCCACCAGACAACAAAGCAUAGCUUAAUUUAGCAAAUCUGACAGUCUACAUAAAUAUUUUUAUUUAAUGAAGCAUGAGACUGUUGAUUACAGUUGCCAGACGUAUUCAUAAACGGCCUCUGUGCAGUCCCACAUCAUGUCUAAGUUCGGCAGCGAGUUCCUCCGGAGCUGCUACGAACAGCGGCCUGCAGUUCAGAGAUGACCAGCUAGUCUGCGGUUCGACCGGGGAGUUGGUCCAGAGGCUUAGCGGUCAGGUGGAGGUGAGGACGGAAUUCAUAAGUGAGGAAGAGGAGGGUGCCCUCAUGAAAGAACUCGAGCCUGGGCUGAGGAAGAAACGAUACGAGUUCGACCACUGGGACGAUGCGAUUCAUGGUUACCGGGAGACAGAGCGUGCUCAGUGGGGAGUGGUGUGUGAGGGGGUGAUGGAUCGCCUCCGAGCUGUGGCUUUCUCUGAGGGCAGCCCUCUCCUAGGCCCUGUGCAUGUCCUGGACCUGGACAAGGCUGGAUACAUCAAACCACACAUUGACAGUGUCAAGUUCUGUGGCAGCACUAUAGCAGGGCUGAGUUUGUUGUCAGACAGUGUGAUGCGCUUGGUGAGGGAGGAUGAAACCGCUGAAUGGCUGAACUUGUUUCUGCCCCGUCGUUCUCUCUACAUACUCAGGGACCAGGCCAGAUAUAAGUUCACCCAUGAGAUCCUUAAAGAUGCUGAGUCUAUUUUCUCUGGACAGAGAGUGCCCCGCCAUCGCCGCAUCUCUGUCAUCUGCCGGAACCUUCCUGUUUGAAGCAUGAGAUCCAAGAGGGACACAACUGUGACAGUCUCACUGGAAAUAGCCAGAGCUCGGUAUUUGAGACGUCCAGAACGUCGCUGUGUUAAAAUGUUAUGUACACGCUUUCUCACUGUGCGAGAGACUAUGUUGGGAAAGAUGAUUUAGACCUUUCUCUUAUCAGUUUUCAUUGGAGCACUUUUUUUCGACAUAAACUACCUGUACAGGAUUUGAUUCUGAAUUAAAUGUUGGGAAGGCAUUCAUGUAUGAUGCAUUUCAAAGGGUCAUAGUGCAUUGCAUGACUUGUCAUAAGUAUAUAUGAACUUCUUAUGCUAAUUGAUGUUAUAUAAUGAAUCUGAGUUAUUAGCCUUUUGAAAAAUGCCACAUAGAAAGGCAAGUUGAUAAGUUGUAGAAGAACCAGUUGAAGGAGAACCUGCAUUUUCUAUCCAAGAUCUGAACUAGGUAAUUACCAAUUGCUUUAAAUUCUUAGAGGUAAAUGGAUACUUCAAAUAGUUAUAGCCCUAUAUUCGGCGUCGCUCAUGGGGCGUUCUAGAAGGCUACAAUGCAGAGCCUGGGAAAUAACUGGUGACAUUUUUUAGAAUAAUUGUUUCAGGAAAAAAAUCCUGUUACUGAAGGCAUAUCUAUAAUCUGUAACUCCAUGUCCAUCCAUCCAAAUUGUUUAAUGUGUGGAUAUCUGUAUAGAAACCGUCUGAAACUCUUCUCCAAACCGGCACCUAUAACCAGAGGACUCAUGCCCAUGUCCUGUUUAAAAAAUAAUAAUCUGAUUAAAUUAAUGACUAAACUUCAAUUUUAAGUCCACAUUUUAUCAUCAUUGUUUAUAAAAAAAAGAUCUUGUCAGUGGUAUUUAGUAUUUUAUUAGCAUCUCCAUUAGCUACUGCUCUUACUGGGGUCCACAAAAACAUGAUGUAAUACAUCACAUGGAUAGAACUACAAUACAUACAUUUAAAAUAAUACUCUCUUUCAUACAUUUAGGCCUUCAUAAUCAUGUGAUUCAUACUGAAUGAAAGUACAAUACACGGAAAUGAAAAUGAAAUAACAAGGAGGUUCCCCUGACGUGAACAGCAACCUUGUUUUGCUAAAUUCCCCUGAUGUGAAUAAAGCUACUUUGUUUCUACAGUUACA